AUUUGGACGAUUUAAAUGUAUUGUGUGCCGUUCUAUACGAAUAUUGUGCAUCUUUGUUAUUUGUUUAAUUUAAAUUGCAAUUAUUAUUGAUGUGUUUGCGUGGAUGUUAAUUAUUUAAAUCGUAUAAUGGCACCUUGAUGGUUUAAUUUUUCGCAAUUUUUCGUUAUCGCUGAUUAACAUGGCUUCGAACGAAGCUGAAAAUGAUUUUGCCGAUGAUUUAGAUGAAGCGAAUCCACCUGGAGCGUUAUCGGAGGAAGAAAAACAAGUUGAAGAAGAAGAUGAGGAAUACGAUCCUGAAGAUUCUCGUAACAAAAAGAAGAAAGGAAAAAAGAGAAAAACCAAAAGUGAACUGAGAAAAGAAAAGAAACGAAAAAAGCGCAAACGAGGAGAUAGCGGCGAGGAAAGUGAUUUUAUGUACGAUGAGGACAAUGCCGCAGAUUCGGAUUACGGAUCGAGCCGCAAAUCUAAGAAAUCCAGGUCUAGUGCCGCCAAAGCCAGUACAUCAGCUCCAUCUCCGGUCGCUGCUCCAGCUGCUUCUGUUAGCACUUCUCCUGCUGCAGCUCCAGCUGAAAGCACCGUCAUGCCUUCAGUGGAGGAAGUCUGUGCAACGUAUGGAUUAAAUGAUGUGAAAAUUCAGUAUACUGAAGCAGAUUAUCAAAAUUUAACAUCUUACAAGUUUUACGCUCAACAUGUUCGUCCUAUUCUCGCCAAAGAUAAUCCUAAGGUACCUGUAGGAAAAUUAAUGAUGUUGGUAGCUGCAAAAUGGCGUGAUUUCUCCAGUCAGAAUCCGAACACCGAACAAGCAGAAUCAGAUGCUAAUGAAGAACCUGAUUACACUCCUAAGCCAACUCGUACCCGAACAUCUAAAACUCCGGUUGCGACCGAAGACGUAAUCGAUGAUGAAGAGGAAGAGAUCGAAGAUAAGAAGAAAAAACGCAGCAGUCGUAGCAAGAAAGGCAAUAGUAAAAAAAGCUCUAGUAAUUCGAAAGUUCCCACUCUCAAAAUCAAACUUGGCAAAAGAAGACACGGAAGUUCGGAUGAAGAGGGCGGAGGAAGUGCCGACAAAGCUGCUUCCGAUCGUGACUCUGACGCCGAAUUCGAACAAAUGUUGCAAGAUGCCGAAGAAGCGGUCGCUGAUAAAAGUGAAACCGCCGCACCAGAAGGUGAAGCUCCCGCUAAACGCAAGGCCAAGACAAAAUUCGGAAGUAAAAAGAAAAAGAAGAAAACUAAAACUACUUCCAAGUUUCCCGGUGGCGAUGAGGACGGCUACGAAGUAAAUACAACGGAUCAUCAAGAUUAUUGCGAGGUCUGCCAACAAGGCGGUGAGAUAAUUUUAUGCGAUACUUGUCCGAGAGCUUAUCAUUUAGUUUGCUUGGAACCAGAAUUGGAAGAAGCUCCUGAAGGUAAAUGGUCUUGUCCGCAUUGCGAAGAAGGUGGUGUGCCAGAAAAAGAAGAUGACGAUGAACAUCAAGAAUUUUGCAGAGUUUGUAAAGAUGGCGGUGAAUUAUUAUGCUGCGAUUCUUGUCCAUCAGCUUAUCAUACAUUCUGUUUGAAUCCUCCUUUAACAACUAUUCCGGAUGGUGAUUGGAAAUGUCCGCGGUGUUCGGCAAAACCUUUACCCGGCAGAGUAUCUAAAAUCCUAACCUGGCGGUAUAAACCAGAUCCUAACCAAACAAACGAUGCUUCGAAGAAGAAAAGUCUUCGACAAAGACCGAGAGAAAUGUUCGUUAAAUGGCACGAGAAAUCGUAUUGGGAUUGUGAAUGGAUAUCAGAGUUACAACUUGAAGUAUUCCAUCCAGUUUUAAUGAGAAGUUACGUGCGUAAAUUUGAUAUGGAUGAGCCGCCAAUCAUUGAAGAACCUAUCGACGACGGUUGUCCAAAAAUAAUGAAAGACGAGAAAGGAAAUGAAAUCGCAUUAGAUGAAACAUAUUACAAGUUCGGAGUGAAACCUGAAUGGCUAAUGAUUCAUAGAAUCAUUAAUCAUCGUACCUUUAGAGACGGUCGAACUAUGUAUUUGAUAAAAUGGCGAGAUCUGCCUUAUGAUCAAGCUACAUGGGAAGAAGAAACUAAGGAUAUUCCCAAUUUCAAAAAAGCAAUAGAAUAUUAUUGGGAUUUACGAGCUUGUAUGGAUCCGUCGAAAAAAUUCAAAAAAGGUAAAAGCAAAAAGAAAUCAAAGGACAGCCUUGACAAUGAUGGUGAAUCUAGAGCAGUCUUUAAACGAUUUAUUCCGCCACCUGAAAAACCAGCUGCUGACCUAAAGAAAAAGUAUGAAAAACAGCCCGAAUUCAUUGCUGAAACUGGUAUGGAAUUACAUCCCUAUCAAUUGGAAGGUUUGAAUUGGUUGCGUUAUUCGUGGGGACAAGGAAUCGAUACGAUUUUGGCUGAUGAGAUGGGUCUGGGUAAAACCAUUCAGACUAUUACGUUCUUGUAUUCCUUGUACAAAGAGGGGCAUUGCAAGGGACCGUUUUUGGUCAGCGCUCCUUUAUCGACCAUUAUUAAUUGGGAACGAGAAUUUGAAACCUGGGCACCAGAUUUUUACGUCGUUACUUACGUUGGAGAUAAAGACAGCAGGGCUGUUAUUCGAGAACACGAAUUAUCAUUCGAAGAAGGCGCUGUUCGUAUGAAUGCGGGCAAAGCUUCAAAAAUGAAAACAACCAAUUUCAAAUUCCACGUUUUGUUAACGAGUUAUGAACUUAUAUCCAUCGAUUCGUCUCUGCUUGGAUCCAUCGAAUGGGCCGUAUUAGUCGUCGAUGAAGCUCAUCGUUUGAAAAGCAAUCAGUCGAAAUUUUUCCGACUCCUUGCCGGGUAUAACAUUGCUAAUAAACUACUACUUACCGGAACACCGUUGCAAAAUAAUCUCGAAGAAUUGUUCCAUUUAUUGAAUUUCUUGACUCCGGAAAAGUUCAACGAUUUGUCAGCUUUCCAAAACGAAUUCGCGGAUAUUUCGAAGGAAGAGCAAGUUAAACGUUUGCAUGAAAUGUUGGGACCUCACAUGUUGCGAAGAUUGAAAGCUGAUGUGUUGAAGAACAUGCCAUCCAAAUCUGAAUUCAUCGUUCGAGUAGAAUUAUCCCCGAUGCAGAAGAAGUACUAUAAAUAUAUCCUUACUCGUAACUACGAAGCUCUGAAUCCGAAAGGAGGCGGACAACAGGUUUCCUUAUUAAACAUAAUGAUGGAUUUGAAAAAAUGCUGUAAUCAUCCGUACCUGUUUCCCGCUGCUGCACAAGAAGCUCCUUCGGGCCCUAGUGGCAGUUAUGAAAUUCAAGCUUUGAUCAAAGCUUCUGGAAAAUUAAUCCUCCUUGCAAACAUGCUGAGAAAAUUACGCGAUUCUGGACACAGAGUUUUGAUUUUUUCACAAAUGACGAAAAUGUUGGAUAUAUUGGAAGAUUUUCUCGAAGGUGAAGGUUACAAGUAUGAGAGAAUCGACGGAUCAAUCACUGGUACUUUACGUCAAGAAGCCAUCGAUAGAUUUAAUGCUCCCGGUGCCCAGCAAUUUGUUUUCUUACUUUCAACGAGAGCCGGAGGUCUUGGUAUCAAUUUAGCUACCGCCGAUACUGUAAUCAUUUACGAUUCUGAUUGGAAUCCGCAUAACGAUAUACAAGCUUUCUCUCGUGCUCAUCGUAUCGGUCAAGCUAACAAAGUAAUGAUUUACCGAUUCGUAACUCGAAAUUCGGUGGAAGAAAGAGUUACUCAAGUCGCCAAGCGUAAAAUGAUGUUGACGCAUUUAGUCGUACGACCCGGUAUGGGAAGCAAGCAAACUAAUUUCACCAAACAAGAAUUGGAUGAUAUCUUGAGAUUCGGUACCGAAGAAUUAUUCAAAGAAGAGGAGGGCAAAGGAGACGAAGCAAUUCAUUACGAUGAUAAAGCAGUCGAAGACUUAUUAGACAGAACAAAAAUGGGUAUUGAACAGAAAGAAAACUGGUCCAAUGAAUAUUUAUCUUCGUUCAAAGUGGCUAGCUACGUCACGAAAGAAGAAGAAGAGGAGGAAGAAGUUGGCACCGAAGUUAUCAAACAAGAAGCUGAAAAUACAGAUCCGGCGUAUUGGGUUAAAUUACUCAGACAUCAUUACGAACAACAACAAGAAGAUAUUUCCAGAACUUUGGGUAAAGGCAAGCGUGUCCGUAAACAGGUCAAUUACAACGACGGCGGUAUUGUCGAUAGAAACGAUGAUCAAACUUGGCAAGAAAAUCUCUCCGAUUAUAAUAAUUCUGACUUCUCUGCACCUUCUGAUGAUGACAAAGAAGAUGAUGAUUUCGAUGAUAAAGAUGGAGAAACUGGAAGACGUGGUAAACGUAAAUUGGAACGCAAAGAAGAAAAAGACAGACCAUUGCCUCCGUUGUUGGCUCGUGUUGGUGGAAAUAUCGAAGUGCUCGGAUUCAACGCCAGGCAACGUAAAGCUUUCUUGAAUGCUAUUAUGAGAUUUGGUAUGCCUCCUCAAGACUCGUUCAAAUCUCAAUGGUUGGUUCGUGACCUACGAGGAAAAUCGGAAAAGAAUUUCAAGGCUUACGUUUCGUUAUUCAUGCGACAUUUGUGUGAACCUGGAGCUGACAAUGCGGAAACAUUUGCCGAUGGUGUUCCAAGAGAAGGAUUAAGUAGGCAACAUGUAUUGACGAGAAUAGGAGUGAUGUCUUUGAUUAGGAAAAAAGUCAAGGAAUUCGAACAUAUAAAUGGCUACUACAGUGUUCCUGAACUGAUACGUAAGCCAAUAGAUCCAGUGAAAAAUGAACUGCCUCAAGGUGAAACUAAACCAGCCAUCACUGGUGAAAAUAAACCAGCUGUCACUGGUGAAAAUAAACCUGCUAACGCUGAAGCUAGCACACAACCUGCUAGCACUACAGUUAGCGAGGAAAACAAAGAAUCGAACAAAGAUGAUAAAAAGACUACUGAUGAAACAUCUGAGAAAAAUGAAGAAAAAGAAGCAAAUUCAGAAAAAGAACAAGAUAAGGAAAAAGAACCGAAACCUGCGGAUGCUGAAGAAAAUCAAACGAAGCCGUCUAACGAAGAAAAACCAGAAGAAGAACCGAAAAAAGAUGAAACUACCGAAGAAGAUAAUUCCGAAAAGAAGGAUAAAGAACCAGAAACGAAAUCAGAAUCCGAAGAAACAAAAACUGAAAAAGAAGGAGACGACGCGACUAAAAAAAGCGAAACUCCCGCGCCGUCCGAAGAAAAGAAAGAAGAAAAUAACACCGAGAACACAUCUCCGGCUAAAAACAUUAAAGAAGAACCAGCCGAAGAGAAAAAAGAACCUGUUGUCGAUAAAGUCAAAGAAGAAGAAGAUGAAGAAACCAAAAAAAUGCUGGAAAAAGUGAAAAUUGCCGCUGGUAUCGGAAGCGAAGACGAAAAACUGAACAGAACUUUCAUGUUCAAUAUCGCCGACGGUGGUUUCACUGAAUUACAUACGUUGUGGAUCAACGAAGAGAAGGCUGCGGUACCCGGUCGUGAAUAUGAAAUCUGGCAUAGACGGCAUGACUUUUGGCUUUUGGCUGGUAUUGUGACCCACGGGUACGGACGUUGGCAAGACAUUCAAAACGACUUGAGAUUCAACAUUAUAAACGAGCCUUUUAAAAUGGACAUUGGCAAAGGAAACUUCUUGGAAAUCAAGAAUAAAUUCUUAGCCCGAAGAUUCAAGCUUCUUGAGCAAGCCUUAGUUAUAGAAGAACAGCUGCGUAGAGCGGCCUACUUGAAUCUUACUCAAGAUCCUAACCAUCCAGCCAUGUCUUUGAACGCUCGUUUCGCCGAAGUCGAGUGUUUGGCUGAAUCUCAUCAACAUCUCUCUAAAGAAAGUCUGGCUGGUAAUAAGCCAGCUAAUGCUGUGUUGCAUAAGGUAUUGAACCAGUUGGAGGAGCUGUUAUCUGACAUGAAGUCGGAUGUGAGCAGAUUACCUGCCACAUUAGCGCGAAUACCGCCCGUUGCGCAAAGAUUACAAAUGUCAGAAAGGUCCAUUCUUUCGAGAUUAGCAGCUACAACAUCCUCAGCUACGGUACCGUCUUGCGGAACGCAGACCAUCGGAAUUGGUAACCAGUUCCCUACAGGGGUCGAUACUACAGGCCAGUUGAGCGGAGCUCUUGCCAAUACUAGUUUUGCAAAUUUCCGACCGCAGUAUUCGGUUCCGGGUCAAAGCUCUAGUUCAUCCGGUACUCAAUCGUUCCAAGGUAGUAAAAAUUAAACGAUUGACAAAACGUUUGUAAAUUUAUCCCAGCGAGGAAAUCAACGUAUCUUUGUAAAUUAUUGUACACUUUAACGUGCCCGUCGUUUGAUUUUAUUAUUAGUUCUUCUUUUUUAUGAAUGUAAUUUUAAAAAUUAUUUUCAAGUUUUAGAUGUAUGAAGAUGAAGGGUCAAUUAAUUUGAUUCCAUUAUUAUACUAGUAAGAAAUACGACGAAUUGAUCAUGUAGGUAGAUUGUGGUGUAAUUUUCUGCGCGAUGCUUUUGAAUUACUGUCUAAUUUACAUCAUUUUUUUCUCUACUUCGAAUCGACGAUUAUUUUUUUUUCAAAUUACGAUUUUAUAAGUGCAACUUUUUAAUGUUCUAGGACUAUUAGCAAAAUUUGCUUCAUCAUUGUAUGUAUUCUCUUUUAGCAUCGCUUUUAGUAAUGAAUUCCAGUGCUUGAAAAGAAAUGAAAGACUUGUUUUGUUUCAACGUUUAUUAAUGUGCUGUGUGCUGUUGAACCAGUCAGUUUUAAUUUUAAAUUCGAUUGAUUUCGAUUUUACGUUUUUUUUAACAAAUUCAACCGAAUAUUCGAAUCUAUUUAUGGAGAAAUCUUCAGUUUCUAAAUGCAAUGACGUAUCGACACUGCCCCAGUUCGAUUAUAAUGAAUUUAUGGCUUUUCACGCCAGCUUUUUAAAUUCCAUUCCUCUUACAUUAAUGCAAAUAGAAUUGUGAAGAAUGUGAUCAAUGUAUUAUUUAAUUUUAUCUAUUUUAAUUAUUUCUUUUAUGAAUGUUGUGUAAUGACGGAUAAUAGUUAGUAUUUCUUUUGCGAUGUUCGCAAUUUAUCAAUAAUGACGCAUUUUCUAUAAUUUUUUCAUGUACCUACCUACGUAUUUGAUGUCGCUUAGGGAAAUCGGACAUGUAUCCAAUACAGCUUGGCUUUAAUUAUCAUGAACAAAAUGAUUUUUACGAAUAAUAAAUUUUUUGAACAGCG